CAAAAGUUGGGACGUCAUGACCCUGCGGAUGGACACCGAUGCCCCAUCAACACCAACCCAUCCGACGGCCAACGUUUCUUGACGAGUCAACCCUAUCACCAUGAUCCACUGCCUACACUCUGUUCAUCCCUGUCAAUGAUGUUUAUAUAAUUUCUCGUCGCUUUUGUCUUUUCCUUUUCAGACGGACCCAUUGAUCGGGAUCUGAUCCCUCGCCUCAACCCACAAUAAUUUACCCCCUCCCUCGUUCUAUAUUUCCUUUCUCUCUGAUUUUGAGUAUUUUGCUUUUCUGGGUCCUCAACUCAUCAUUCCACAAUCAAAAUUAUUCACCCACGAAAAUCAUCGAUUACAUAUGUAAGUACAUCUAUACACACCCUUUAAGGCGCUGAACAAUACAUCCAAGUUAGAACUCAAUUGUGUUAUUGCACGUGUUUGUGCUCAGUGCUCGGAAGUCGGCUCUGUUUCAAUAUUUACGGUACUGCCACCGGAAGCUUCUUACCCAGCCUCUGUUUUUGACUUUGUUGUUGAAUCUAACGGCGAUUUGGACUUUCUAGACGUUUAGUUAUGAUAAUUUGUAGUCUUUGAAUGGAUGCACAAGCUUCUUCAAUUCCAUCUGUUGUCAAAAAUAUGAUUUGGGGGAUUGCUUUAGCAAAGUUAUUUGAAUCUGGAGCUUGGCUUUGUUUUGAACAACAACUGGUUGGUUGAUUCCAACAAAAGGGCGAGCUUUCUCAACACUCCGUUUUAGAGUUGGAAUUGGAGGCUUGUUGGUGUUUUGAAGAGGAAUCUAACAGUUUUCAGGAAGAUUCAUUUAUAUCUUUUGUGUAAUCAUUUUGAGAGGUAUUUGUGAAACUAAAGAGUAAAGAUUAAGAGGGAAAAAGAUGGGUUCUUUCAUGGGUCAUGUUCUGCCAGGAACCUUGUUUCUUGUGAUUGGGCUGUGGCACAUUUGGAGCUCUGUGGUCCGGUUUGCAUCAAACCCCAAAUCCUUUCGGGUAAGGAUUUGGAAUCCGGUGCCAGGGUUUGAUGGUAGGAUUAAGUAUUUGGAGAUUUACAUUGUGGCAAUUGGUGCUUUUAUUGAUCUGUGCAUAGAACUUUUGUAUUCAACCCAUCUCAAGUUCUUUGUGAAUGGUAUCUUGAACCCCUCCCACCUGAACGAUUUUGAGCACUCGGGAAUGCUUCUCAUGUUCUUCAUCUUCGGGGUCGUCACUCUGCUCUCAGAGAAAACCAGCUUUCUUCCCUUGGCAGAAGGAGCUCUGUGCUUGAUUGCCGCCACAGCAUUCUGUGCAGAGUACGUCUUGUUCUACUUUCAUUCAACCACUCACAAAGGCCUCGAGGGAUACUACCAUCUUCUCCUUGUCCUACUAAUAGCACUCUGCAUUUUGUCCACUGUUGCGGGAGCCCUCUUCCCAACCAGCUUCCCUGUUGAUCUGUGUAGUGGCAUUGCAAUUACUCUCCAAGGUCUCUGGUUCUAUCAAACUGCGUUUACUCUUUACGGCCCCAUGAUGCCUGAUGGUUGUCAACUCAAGGAAAAUGAAAUUUUAUGCAAGACAAUGGACUACCAGGUCCAAGGCGAGUUGCUUGCUAGCUUCCAGCUGUUUGCCAUUGUGUUUGGUGUCCUUGUUAUGGUUGUCCUGUCAUACAUUUAUGCAGCUUCAAGAUCCGAGCAUCUGGAUCUGAGAAGCUUGGAGGCAGCAGGGGAUCAACUUGAGGAGAUUAAGGUUUCUAAUGCUUUUGUGGUGCAAGAUUGAUGAUGCUAAAGUUGGGCGGAGGGGGGAUUCAUAAACUGAAGCAGCUGGCUAGCUGUGUUGUGGAAUUAUUAAUUACUCACAGUCACAGGAAUGGGAAGGAACCAUGUGAAAUAGGAUUGCAUCCUUACCACGAACAUAUUCUUGUAAAAACGGAUGUGAGUUUUAUAAUAUAUUCAUUUAAAAAUGAGAUUUUAGCAUUUGGAUGGGAGGGAAAUCAGAGAAUGGUACCCACCACCACAAUUGGAGGUUCCAUUUGGUGGUGAAAAUGAAUUGUUCAUUUAUU